UUUUGUUUAUGGGUAGAACCAAGCGAGUUAAGAUAGAAAAUUUAGUUGAUUUAGUUAAGUUGUGUUGUUUGUUAUUAAAUUUUAUUUAUGUAAUAAUUUACUUUACUCUUGUUUACACUCCUGUUAUAUUUUAUAUUUUUUUUUGGUUUAUCUCAACCGAAACGUUGCUUUCAAUAAACCCAAUUAUAUUUUGUGAUUAACAAAACUAAAAAGUGCUUACGUGAAUGCAAACUUAAUUGUGUAUUAUUUUGUGCAACUAUUAACAUACUGAAAUUAAAAUAUGAGUGAGAAUAAACCCGAUUCCACUGUUCAGAAGCGAACAACCUUGAGUAAGAUUGGUUGUUAUGUCCCAAAUAAAGUCAACCAGGAGAUGCGCCCAGAUUCUUCGAAUAGAUCAUCGACAUCUUCCAGAGACCAUGGCACUAUUCUUACAAUUGACACUGAAAAAUUUAUAAUUGGACAAAAAGUUUGGGUUGGUGGUAUAAGCCCUGGUCAAAUUGCUUACAUUGGCGAAACACAUUUUGCACCUGGAGAAUGGGCUGGUAUUGUCUUAGAUGAGCCUAAUGGUAAAAAUGACGGCUGUGUUGCUGGCAAGCGUUAUUUCCAAUGUGGAGCCAAGAAAGGAAUAUUUUCCCGACUCACAAGAUUGACGCUUCAGCCUCUUGACAGUGCUAUAUCUAGACCCCCUUCAAAUUGUUCACCUAAUCGUUCCAGAACUGUAUCACCAACACCAAGCACACAGAGUAUUUUAUAUAAAUCCAUGGGAGGAAAACAUGGUUUUACAUUGGGUGAUCGUGUAAUUGUGUCAUCAGGCUUUGGAAGUCGAGCAGGAACUCUUAGAUUCGUUGGCGAAACAAAAUUUGCAUCGGGAAAUUGGUGUGGUAUUGAACUAGAUGAUUCAACUGGUAAAAAUGACGGAUCUGUCGAGGGUGUCAAAUAUUUUGAAUGCAAACCAAAAUAUGGCAUUUUUGUACCAAUUGCAAAGGUUUCGUUGUCUCCAUCGUCAAAGAAAUCUCGUUUAUCAAGAGCGGGCUCAAGGGAAUCUCUUACUUCCGUUGGGACAAUGAACAGUAUUGCAACAACAAAUACAUCCAGACUAAGAAUGCAGCGUUAUUCAAUGUCAAUGAAACAACAACCAUCACCAAGUGCAGCAAAAAGCAGUUUUUCCAUGCAGGAUUUACUUAGAGAAAAACAAAACCACAUUGAGCAACUAAUGAUAGAAAGAGACAUGGAACAAGAAGGUUCACAAAAUCAGGCAUUGCAGUUUCAAAAAAUUAUCCUCGAGCUUAAAUCAAAAAUUGAAAAUUUGGAAAAGAAUUUGGAAGAAGAAAAAAAUAGAACCGAAGAAUUGCAGCUAUCAAUUGAGGAAGCGAACUUUUGUGGCGAUGAAUUAAAUGCACAAACCCAGGUUUACAAAGAAAAAAUUUCUGAUCUAGAACAGAGACUGCGAACUGUGACUCCAGGUGAUGAAAUGAUUCAGCUGUGUGUUGAUCCAAUGGAAGAUAAGCUUUGUAUUAAAGCUGAAAUUAGUUCUGCUACUGAAAGUACAAAUGUAAUUAAUCAGCAGAAAAAUUAUUUAUUCAAUGAAAAUCCAGAAUCUAAACUAGAUAAAAUCGAGGCACUAAAUAAAUUCCGAGAUCUCUUUCGUAAAAUAAAAAACUCUAAGAGUUCAGAUACUACUUUUCAAGAAGAACUUUACAAGUACAUUAAGGAUCCUGAUGAAAUUCCUCGAAUUCAUUCUAUUGAAAUACAACUUAAAGAAAUUGGCGCCACUUUUUUAAAAGAUUUAUGUGAGAGUCUUAUCUUGAUCAGUAAAGAGUUUAGUGAAAUGUCUAUCGAGAAUAAAAAUACCGCCAUAGAUUUUGAAAAUGCUUUGAAAAAUAAGGACACCGAAAUUAAGCGUCUUGAUAAUGAGAAAAAUGAUAUUUCAAGAAAUCUAGAAGAUGUGAAAUUAAAUUGCGAUAAUUUAUUAGAAGCACAAAAUAAAUUACAAAAUGAAAAAGAGACUUUAAUAGAAAAUAUUAAAUUAAUAGAAAGUGAAAAAUUGGCAUUCGAAGAAAAGCUUAAGAUCAUCACAUCAAAUGGCCAAAAAUUAGCUUGUCAAAACGAGCAAUUACAGCAAGAACUCGAGUCGCAAAGUAAAAAUUCUGAGAAAGUUGAAAUUGAAAAGAGUUAUGUAUUACAAAAGCUUGAAGAAGCUCUGUCUAAUUGCAAAAAAUCUUCAGAGAUGAAUGAAAAAAUGAAAGCGGAAUCAAGGAUCAAUGAAGAAAAUUCGAUUCUACUCAGAAAAGACCAGUCGAAUGUUUCUCGUAAGUUUGAAUAUCUUUCUUUGAAUUACAAAAGCUUAUUAGAACAAAAUGAAGAAUUACUUAAAGGCCUCGAAUUAAAUAAAGAAAAAUGCCAUUUACUCGAAAUCCAAAAUUUUAAUGAGUUAGAAAAAAAUACAGAAAACAUUAAAAAACUAAAAACGGUUUCAGAGCUUAAUGAAAAAUUGCAUCUACAGCUUAAAAGCAGUGAAGAAAAGUCGUCUCAGCUUAAGAAAGAUAUAAGUGACAUUUCACAAAAAUUUGAAGAAAUGUCAAGUACUUCCAAAAAAUUGUCAGAUGAAAAUAACGAACUUAGAGAAAAACUUAAAACAAGCACAGAAAUGUGUAAAGUCAUUGAGACUGAUAAAAACGAGACUUGCAAAAAGUUAACAGAAACAACAUUAAGUUGCAAAAGUUAUGAAGAGCUUAAUAAAAAGCUACAACUUGAACUUGAAGCCAAUGAAACCAAAACUGCUCAGCUUCAAGGUGAGAAACUUGUUUUCUCUAAAAAUCUUGAAGAACUCGAAACAAAUUUAAAAAUUUUGUCCGAGCUCAAUGAAAAAAAUCAACGUGAACUUACUACAAAUGCAGAAAAAACUAUUUCACUUGAAGCUGAAAAAUUUAAAAUUUCUCAAAAGCUUGAAGAAUUAACAGAGAAUUGUAACAAACUUUCUGAACGAAAUAGUAAAUUGGAAGCAGAAUUGAAAACUUUUGACGAAAAUCUUAAAUUAGUAGAGAAAGAAAAAUUUGAUAUUUCAACAGAUUUCAAAGACGUCACAGUAAAAUUUGAAAAUUUAUUAAGAGAAAAUGAAGAUAUGAAGCUUGGAAUAAAAUCGUCUGAAGAAAAAAUGAAAUUACUUGAGACCGAGAAUUUUGAUAUUUUACAAAAGCUUUCAGAUUUACAAUCAACACUAAAGACGACACUUGAACAAAAUGAAAAUCUGCAGCAAAAAUUAGAAACAAUUAAAGAAAGCUCAAAUCAUCUUGAGAAAGAAAACUUUGAUACUUCAAGAAAGUUUGAAGAAGUCUCAUUGAGUCUUAGAACUUCAUUAGAGCAAAUAGAAAGAAUGCAAUACGAACUAAAAGUCAAUGAAGAAAAGAUAAAACUUCUCGAAGAAACUAAUUUUGAUAUUUCGCUUAAACUCAAAGAUGUAACAUCAACUAAUGAAAACUUAUCUGAAACUCAAACAAAAUUGCAGGAGGAGAUUUUAUCGAAAAAUGAAGGUAAUGCUUCGUAUUUUAGUAGUCUAAUCCAACAAAUUGAAGACCUACGGAUCGAAAAGACAUCUAUAGAAACACAAAACAAACAGCUGGAGCUGGAAAAGUUUAAUCUGCUCAGAAAACUUGAAGAAUUAACGUUGAAUGUCAAAAGCUCAAAUGAAUCAAAUGAAUGUCAAUUUAAAGAACUCCAGGCAAUAACUGAAAAAUGCAACCUUCUUGAAAUUGAGAAAUUCGAUAUUUCUCAAAAACUUGAAGAAAGUUUAUCAAAGUAUAACAAUUUGCUCAAAUCUAAAAAUGAGUUAGAUGAUGAAUUUAAUUCUCAUAGAGAAAUCACUAAGCAACUAGAGGAAGACAAAUUUGUUUUGUCUCGUGAAAUGACUGAUGUAUCAUCACAAUUGAACAGUUCCUUGAUAGAUAAUCUGAAAAUUCAAGAGCAAUUGAGUACUAUCGAAGAAAAGGUUAAACAUGUAGAAGUACAAAAUUUCGAACUCAUUGGGAGUGUUAAAGAGAUCACAUCAAAUUGUGAUAGUCUUUCUCAACAGAAUACACUUUUAAAUAACGAUCUUUUAGAAAAAGAAGACGCAGUUAAAAAAUUAGAAGAAAAUAAGUUUACUUUAUCUCAAAAACUCGAGGAUGUCACAUGUAAAAAAGAAGCUUUGGAAGAGCUUUCCAGUAAACUAGAAGAUGAAUUAAAAAAGAUCAAAAGUAACUCCCAUCAGUUAGAUUUGCAAAAUAUUGAUGUUUCACAAAAGCUAGAAAGUAUUACAAUUAAUUGUAAAAAAUUAGAAGAGUUAAAUGAAAAAUUGCAACAAGAUUUGGCAUCGUUUGAUGAGAAAUGCAAGCAAAACGAAUUGGAAAAAAAGGAAAUUUCUCAAAAGCUAAGCGAUAUUACAAUAAAGUAUAAUAGUUUAAGCGAAGAACUAAAAGAAAAGAAAGAAAUAAUAGAAAAACUUUCUACCGAAAAAGUUGAAACUUCUGGAAAUAUCAUAGACGCUACAUGUCAAAUCUCAAAUAUGUCAGAUUUAAUUGAAGACUUACAAUUGAAAUUCAAAACAACUGAAGAGAAAUGUAGUCAUCUCGAAGUUGAAAAUGGAGUAAUAUUGCAAAAUCUUGAACAAGUGUCAGAACUAAACAAGAAAUUGAAGCAAGACCUUAAAAACUUUGAAGAAAAAGUCAACAAACUUGAGACAGAAAGACUUGAUGUAUCUGGAAAUCUCAUAGAUGCAACCUUGGAGUGUAAAAAUCUUACAGAAAUCAAAGAAAAUCUGGAACAGAAACUAAAAGAAAUUAAAGCAAAUGCUAGACAAGAAAAAUGUGAUUUAUCUGAUAACAUUGAAAAAGUCAAUUCAAGCUGUAAGAACUUAUCAGAGUUAAACAAUAAGUUGCAGCAAGAUCUUAAAAGCCUUGAAGAAAAAGUCAACAAACUUGAGACAGAAAGACUUGAUAUAUCUGGAAACCUCAUAGACGCAACCCUGGAGUGUAAAAAUCUUACUGAGCUCAGAGAAAAUCUAGAACAAAAGUUAGAAGAAAAUGAGACAAAAGCUCACCAAGAAAAAUGUGUUUUAGCUGACAAAUUAGAAAAAGCCAUAGCAAGAAGUAAAACUUUAUAUGAGCUAAAUGAUCAAUUACAAACUGAUUUGAAAAAUAACAAAGAAAAACUUAAUCGCUUAACAGAAGAAAAUCAAGAUCGGAUUCAAAAUAUUGAAAAUAUACCAGUGCAUCGUGAAGAAACUAAAAAAAUCGAAACUAAACUUAGCAACAGCAAUGAAAAUCUUCGUAUGGAUAUAAUCGAAAAUCUUAAGCCCCAACAAAAUAUUCACAACAAAUUCUUAGUCGGACGUCUUCAAUUUGGCAACCAACUUAAAGAUAUUAAUCAACUAAUAAAUGUCAUUAAAAGCCACAUAGAAAAUUUAGAUCGAGAUAUCCAGUCAUUACCUACUGUUAACAGAAUGGAAACAGAAACGUUUAAUGCUGCAGUAGAAAAAUCAUGUAAACUACAAUAUGAUUUCGCAGAACUUGUCCGGAGAUCUGAAGCUCUUGUAAUGAUAAACGAGAAAAAUCCUUCGUUAAUGGACUCGGUUUCUAAAUCGUUAUUAGACGAAGCUAGGAAAAAUAUCGAAGAACAAGAAAGUUGUAUGCAAUUCGACCCAACAGAUGAAAUAGAAUUGCUGCAAAAUAUUGUUAUCAGUUAUCGAUUAGUUUUGAAAUCAAAUGAUGUCGAAAUAGCUAGCAAUCUCCUCGUGAAAUCGAGCUUAGAACAACCUUUACCCCAUGAACAAAAAAAUAUUGAAUGUGAUCUCGAAUUAACAAGACGUUUAAUUAAUAAAAUGGACGAAUUAAAUUGUAUUUUGAAAUGCUUGCGUUUUUUCCAAUUCAAAAUAUCAAAAUAUAAUACUAAAAUUAAUGCAAACUUCAACAAUUUAAAAAAUGAUAAAGAAAGAUUAGAAGAUAUUUGCAAAGUGACUUUACAGCUGAGAGACGCCGAAAAAAUAUUAAAAACAGAAUGCUUAGUACUUGUAAAAGUACUUGUCGAAAGUAUGAAAACUUUUGAGUCAAGACCUGAAAAGAGUCAGAUCAUUGCUCCAAUUUCUCAUAUUGAUAAGUCCAUUGCAAUAAUUAAAGAUGUCAUGGAUUCUAAUUCUGAGUUGCUGAAUUAUCUUGCUGAGGAAAUUAAAAUUAUUGAAGAUAAAAGCACAAUUCUUAGUAAAAAGCCUUUGUUAGGAAAAAAUUCAAAUCCAAGUGAAAAAUUUGAUCUUGGGUUUGAAAAUUUAGAUGAGAAAACGGAACAAAUCAACUUUUUGCAUUCUAUAAUUGCUGAUAUGCAGCAGAAGAACGAUAAACUGAAAGAUAAGAUCAAAACAUUAGAAGCUUUUUCAAGUGAUUCUAAAAAAUCUUUUAUGUAUGAAAUGAUAGCUGCGAGAAAACCAACUCCUCGAGUGUUUUGUGAUAUUUGUGAUCAGUUUGAUAAACAUGAAACAGAAGAUUGUCCAUUGCAAGAAUCAGAUGGUGGAAAUGUCUUAUUUCAAUCAGAUAAAAUAGAGAGUGCUGAUAUUAAACUCCUUGCUGAUAGAAAGUACUGUGAAAACUGUGAAGCAUUUGUCGAUCAUGAAACGGAGGAUUGCUUUGCCGGACUAGAAUAAUUUUAUUUUAAUCAGAAUGUGUGAUUGUGUGUGUAUGUUUGAUUGUAUAAAGUGUAUGUGUUUGUAUAAGCAAAAAAAAAAAAAACGAGUAUAUUGCGUUGUGGUACUUCGUUCAUUCUUCUUCAAAACUAUAAAAGGAUUUGCCGGAAGUACCUACCUUAGUACCUUACCGUUACCAUAAUGCUACAGUAAAAUGUCGAAAUGUGUUUUAUCAAAAAUUAAAAAAAAAUUGUAUGUAUUUACAUUAAUUAGAAAAAAAUGAUUUCAACCAUGUUUUAUUUAGUUUUGAUAUUUAUUUCUUUAUAUAACUUAAGCCAGUAUGAUACUUCUUUUUUUUUUUCUUAUUUUCAAUAAUUUAAAAAGAAAAAAGCUGUACGACAUAAUUGAAAUACAAAAUCACUUAAAGAGUGAGCGCGUAAACAAAAUAAAGAAAACGCCAAAAAUGUCACAAAAAAGUACCUACUAAAUAUGUUUGCUUUUUUCAGUAAUUUUUCAAUCUUUUUCGACGUUUGUUUAUUUGCCAUUUGAAUUUGUAUAAAUUAUUUGAAUUUGCGUAUAAAAUAGACAAACAAAUCAUUUAAAUUUGCCAACCGAGCCGACGCACAGUGUGGCCAAUCACGAAUCUAGCUGGACAAAAUUAAUAACUCGCGUUAAAUCGACUUUUUUUCUAAACAGUUUUAAACAAAUGAAUGUGAAUAGAUAAAAUUCUAUAAAAAAAAGAAAGAUUUUUUUAAAAAGAAAUCUAUAAUUUCUGCAAAAAGUGGGUCAAAAUAGUGAUGAAGAAAAUGCAUUUUUAUAGUAUUUGAAUUUAUGCUUCCGUAAACAUAUUCUAUGAUUGGAUAUACUUAAUUAUUUUAAAAAACGCUUGAAAAAUAUAUAAAAACUCUAUUGCUAUUCACGAAAAAAGAGAGGCAGAAUAAUUAGUUUUUAUUAAGAAAUAGAACUUUUACACACGUUUUUGACAGGUGACAUACAUGAUUUAUUUUCUCAAUAUCAUGCUUUAAAUUAAAAUUUUAGCAAUGAUUUUAAUUAAAUAUGCUUCACAAUCAUAAAAAAUGGCAUCAUUUUUAAAAAUAUCUGCAGAUAAUUUAAAAAAGUAACUCCUUUUUGUGUGAUGCAAACUUGAAACAUAAGGGCCUAUUAAAAACAUAUGUGUUUAUAUUACCUUCGAUUUUUUUCAAGCUAAUAAUUCUCUAAAUUAUUUCGUGACCCUAUUUCUGUCCUUUUACACUUGCUUGCUUUUUGCAUUGAACUUGUUUAAGAUGUUCCGACAGAAGAGCAUCAUUCAUCAAUGAUAAUGCCUCAUUAGUUGAAAAUUCCAGUGGUUUAGUGGUUCCAGAGGAUCAGAACUUAAUCUUUUAUACAUUUUGAUCCUUCACUCAAAGAACAUUUCGAUAAAUCCUUUCCAGUAUUACUGGAAUAUGCUUUUUCAAUUUUGCGGAGAGCGAUUCUACUGAUUUUAACUAUUUUCUAAUGGAUAGGUGCACUUAGGAGACUUUUAACCUUCCGUUUGUUAUAUUUUUCCCGUUUUUUUAGUUUUUAAAAAUUCUUUUCUACUUUUGUUUCACUAUCUACUGUUUGUGUUUUUUUAGUUAUCACAUAAUAUUGGUCAAGCAAAAUGAAAUUCAUGUUUAAAGAGCGGUCCAAUGUGUCUUCCACUUUUUUGCCUUUUUUUUCGCUUAACUUGAAGCACAAAACUUUUAUAUAUGUUUUUAAUUUUUCUUUAUUUUCAACCCUUAACUGAUGUGGUGGGUCCAGGGGACCCACGCCUUUUUUAAAAAUUAAAAAAAAAACCGUUGCGACUGAAUUUUAAAGUGGAAAUUUUAUUUUGAAAACAAGUUUUCCCAUUUUUUUUAUUUUCUUAACUGGUUUGGAAAAUGUUAUAUUUGAAAGUUUUAUAAAAAAAUUUGUAAAAAAAUUUAAUUUUGUAUUUUGUUUUAUCAUUUAAAAACACCUGGGUCCACUGGACCUACGACUUUAGAUACGUCAGUAAAUUUCACCACAUCAGUUAAGGGUCAAAAAUGUUCCAAAGAUGAUACCUGCUCAUUAAAAGAUCAAAAAAAACUGUCUUUUCGAUCUUAAUUGGCAGUUUUGACUCAUUUUUCGAAAAUUUGUUUUUUUGAAAAUCUUGACUUCAUUUUGAAAAGUGAAAAAAGUUAUAUGGCGGUCGAGAAAACGCGAGACAUGUAAAUAGCUAAUCUCAAUGACAACACUCCACAAUACAUUAAUUAAUUAAUUUCAGAUCGGAAAAAUGCGGAAAAAUUAACUUUACCUCUAUUUGAAAAACAAAGAUAUUUUUUUUUGCACUUCCUAGCCUUCUUACAGAUUUUAUUUUUUUUAAAUACUUGCAAUGGUAAUUCAUAAAUAAAAAUUAUAAUACUUUACCUCCAAAUGUAGAUUAACAAUUAAAAAAAAAACAAUUACAACAAAAAAACUACCACAGCAUUUUUAAUCGUCAACCAAACUCAAGCGAAAAAUAGAAUACUUUGUAUUAUCUCCAUCCAACUGUUGACAAGAACCAACUUUCAAGCUUAGCUUACGCUAAUCCGAGAUGAAAACAAAAAAACCAAACAUGAAUUACAGUUACCCAUUGUAUUGAGAAGCUCAACUCAUGAUUUAAAAUCAUGUGGCUAAACUUUUUUUUUUUUCUAUUUUGUCCAGUCAGAUUGGCGAAUUACCACACUGUGCGACGACGGCAAAGCCAAAGCCUUAGGCCCAUUUCACACAUCGCCGAGAACCGUCUAUCCGGCCCGGAUACACGGUUUUGUCAAAAAAUGAGUAUCCUUUCACACACACUCGGCAGCCGGUCGGUUGCAGCUGCAGAAGAAACAAGAAUUUUUCUUGUAGGUUUCACUUCGACUUGAUGUUGAUAUACCUAAACAGAAAAAAAAACAACCCCUUCCUUACCUCACAAUAUAAAAACACAAAACAACCCUAUCUUACCUCACAAUACGAACUGACAUCAAAAUAUAAAAAAAAAAAACAAAACAACCCCUUUCUUGACUACAGCACACAGUGUUGCCGGAGAGAAAUAUUAGAAG